AUGAGGCGCUUCCUGAGCAGAAAGGGCCGCUUCUCCCUGCGCCAGAGCAAGUCUGGGAUCCGGAGUGCCUCCAAAGAUUUCUGUAAGUCUCUUUCUCUGAAUAGUCGUUUUUUUUCCGAGAUGUUCCUGAACGACCUCGGCCUCCCAGCCACCAAUCAGAACUGGCCUGAGGCGUUUGGCUUCCAACUGGGUGGCACUGGGCCCAGCUACAUCCUGUCCGUGGUGGAGGGCAGUAGUGCCUACCUGGCUGGCCUGAAGCCCGGGGACCAGGUGGUGGACAUCGAGGGCCAGGAUGUGACCAACCUCAGCACACCAGCACUGGUCGCUCUGGCUCAGACGCUCAAGACGGUGCCACCCAGCAUCGGAGUGGUGUCCCGGAUUGAACAAAUUGACGUCGCUCCCGGCCCGGAUGGCCGCUUUGGCUUCACCAUCGUUGGAGACGGCCCUCUGAUGGUGGACGACUGCAUGCCCAGCGGUCCGGCUGGUCGCAACGGCCUCAAGGCCGGGGACUACGUCAUGGAGGUCAACGGCAUCCCAGUGAAGCAUCACGAAACGGCAGCAGCCAUGAUCAAAGCAGCUCAGGGUCGGCCUCUGCGUCUGGGCGUGCUCAGUAUGGCCCGGCGGCCGAAGCGGCUGAGCAGCAGCAUGAGGGUGUUGUCGCAGAGCGGGGACAGCGUCAGGGAUGGUCGCGCCCACAAGGCCAUGGAGUUCAAUAAGAAAGUGGAGGAAGUGCUCGGAGAGGAGCCAGAUGUGAAGGAGCAGCUGUUUGAGGCGCUCAAGCUGUAUGCUGCUGAGCGGGAUGUGGAGAGUCUGGCUGAGGCCCUGCCCGACAUCUUGAUCACAGAGGAGCACCAACAGCUGAUCGACAGUGUCAGGAUCUUCAUUCCCAAGAAGCACCGGGAGCGUUUUGACGAGGUGGUUUCCCAGAGCCUGAUGAGCCGGAUCAAAGGGCGGAGCUUCAGUGACCCGAGCCGCAACCACCUUCGCCGUAGCCGUAGUGAGGAUCACCCCGAACGCCUUCUGGUGUCCACCCGCGCCAGUUCAGUGCCACGCACCCAUGCAGAGGAAGGCGUGGUCCCCCCCGUCCGCGGCAUGCGCAAGACCACCUCCCUCAUAGCUGGUCACUCCAGUAGCACCGCCACCAACUGCAGGACGGUGAGAGUGUGUAAGGGUAACAACAGUUUUGGCUUCACUCUAAGAGGCCAUGCUCCAGUGUGGAUUGACUCUGUCAUCCCUGGAAGCCCAGCAGACAAGGCCGGUCUAAAACCAGGAGACCGCAUCAUGUUCCUCAAUGGGCUGGACAUGAGGACGUCCUCCCAUGAGAAGGUGGUGUCCAUGCUCCAGGGCAGUGGCGCCAUGCCCACUCUGGUAGUGGAGGACGGUCCGCCUACUUUCACCCUGGCAGAGCAGGACCUGGCGGGGGGCGGCGUUCCCACUAAGUGUGCCCGCUCCCCCGUGCUCAGCUCCCUGCAGUGGGUGGCAGAGAUUCUUCCGGCCAGUAUCCGGGUUCAGGGCCGCACCUUCGGACAGCAGCUGGAACACCUGCUGACCAUCCAGGAGAAGUACACCAUCUGCAAGGCUCUGGAGAACUUCUUCCAGCACAGGAAUGUUGACACUCUGAUCGUGGAUGUGUUCCCGGUGCUGGAUACUCCAGCCAAACAGGUGAUCUGGCAGUUUGUUUACCAGCUGCUGACGUACGAGGAGCAGGAGCACUGCCAGAGCAAGAUCUCACGCUUUCUUGGAUACAAAGCGCCAGUUCCACCAGCACCACCACCACCUCCACCUCCUGCGGAGCCCGACGCUGCCUCCGAGCCCCAUCGACGUAGCAGCUCCAUGAGGGUGACAGGGACCACCUACAGGAGCAGUGUGAGGGGACGUAGCUCUGAUGACCUGGUCAUUGGCACGCACAUGGGCAUGGGCCUCCAUGUAGAGACGGUGCUGGAGACGACGGGUAUGAGGUUGGCUCCAGGAGAGAGACAGUCAGGAGAUGGUACUUCCCUUCCUGAGACUCCUAACAACCUCACCGAUCUGUCGACAGUGUACGCUGAACUGGAGAACAUGUAUUCAAGCAAGAGGUCCAAGUCUCUGAAGAGUCGUCCUCCUCCUACCCCCGAGAGUUUUCUGGAACUGGAGCCUCCCUCGCGCCCGGCCUCCCCUACAACACAUGCUAACACAGGUAGCCAAAAAGGCCCCCCACUCUCUACAUGGCCAGAGCCCUUACCCAGCCCCCCCCAAUCCCAGUUCUAUUCAGCAGGGCUGACGAGCCAGACCAGUGGGGAGUCCAACCCCUACAUCAGCCUGGACAGUCCCCCUCCAUCCUCCCCAGAUCUUCCUGACUACCCAUCUACUCCCCCCGGCGUCCGCAGCAACAAGCGGCGUUUCACCUUCUCCAAACCACCUCGCUCAGAAGACACCGAUCGCUUUCUGGAUGCACUGAGCGAGCAGCUGGGACAGAGGGUGGCCAUCAUUGAUGACUUUCUGACUCCAGAGAAUGACUACGAGGAGUUCUAUUCAGCAGGGCUGACGAGCCAGACCAGUGGGGAGUCCAACCCCUACAUCAGCCUGGACAGUCCCCCUCCAUCCUCCCCAGAUCUUCCUGACUACCCAUCUACUCCCCCCGGCGUCCGCAGCAACAAGCGGCGUUUCACCUUCUCCAAACCACCUCGCUCAGAAGACACCGAUCGCUUUCUGGAUGCACUGAGCGAGCAGCUGGGACAGAGGGUGGCCAUCAUUGAUGACUUUCUGACUCCAGAGAAUGACUACGAGGAGGAUGUUGUGCAGAUGGGCUUCCCUGAUGAGGAGGAUGAGGAUAAUGUUGAGAAGUUGGAGGUGGACGAAGAUGAAAAUGGAGGCAUUGUGGCUCCAGAGCUCAGCAGUCCGAGUGAUGUUCAAAGCAGCAGUGGAGAGGAGAAUGCCUCCUCCCUCACCUACUCCUCGUGCUCCGACCACAUCCCUCCACCCCCGAUGACCCCUCCGCCACCCCCUCCUGUUCAGUUCAAUGACCCGCCUCUUCCACCUCCACCUCCACCUGCUUCACCUGUACAGACUCAGUCUCAGCAACUGCGUGUCUACACCCCUGAACAUUCUCCAAGGGCCUAUGUGCCCAUCCGCCGCAAAUCUGGGCCCCCUCCCCCACCCCCGCCCCGCAAUUACCCACCCCGCAAACGUCUCUCCUUACAUAAAGUGAUGCCCGCGAGAGAAGACCUUCAGGUCCAUCAACAGAUUUACCAGAGCCACCACUCGAUGCCUAACCAGCCAACACAGCAGAAAGCCCACUCGCCCCUGCCUUCUCAACAACUCCAUCAGUCCUUACCCCCACUCCCCUCUCCAGACUCCUCCCAUCCGCUGUAUAUGAUGCGUCAAGCACAGCAGCAACAGGCCCACCAGAGUCAUCACCACCGACGUCUGUCCCGUUCAGCCCCACCUCCACACCAGGCAUCGCCCCAAACAACAGCCCACCCAAGCCAACAAGGUAAUUACACUAAGGGCAUCUACCAAAGCCAUAAGGGCAGGAGACCCCAGUCCCAUCAUUCCUCUGCGGAGGUGCUUCACCAGAUGCACCAAGCCCCAGCCCAUCACGCUUCUACCGAGAUGCUCCAUCAGUUGCAACAAUCCCAGUCCCACCAUUCAUCAGCUGAGGUGCUCCAGCAGAUGCAACAAGUCCAUGCCCACUUCUCGUCAUCGGAAAUGCUCCACCAAAUGCACAAGACCGAGGCCCAUCAUUCCUCAACAGAGGUUCUGCACCAAGGUCACCAGAUGCAUCAACAGCAGCCCCACCACUCCUCGACCGAAGUUCUCCAUCAAGCGCAUCAGAUGCAUCGGGUAGAGCCACACCAUUCAUCUACUGAGCUGCUCCAUCAAAUGCACCAACCACAAGCCCACCACUCCUCGACAGAGCUGCUCCAUCAAGACCACCAGAUGCACCAAACCAAGCCCCACCACUCCUCCACAGAGCUUCUACAUGAAGCCCAGCAGGAGCCUGCCUCCCUCCCUUUUCAGCUAAACCGGGACAGCCACUCCCAUCAGAGUCGGAAAAGUCUUAAAGGUCAUCAUCAGACCCAAGUGUCACCGCAAGGGAGACAGCCAGAACAGCAAAUCCACCAAACCCAUCACCCCCAGCUCACCAAACCCUCUCCCCAAAGACCCCACUCUAUGCAGCAGACCCACCACCACUCCAGCACGCCUCAGAUCCACCACAUCCACCACAUGACACCACAGCCACCUCCGAAGGACUACCAACACCAGAUUCACGUAAUCCAUCCUCCCCAGCAACCCCACAGGCCUCAGCCUCUUCUUUCCACAUUUCAGCCGCUCCAGCCACACCAGCCCAACAUCUCCUCUUUUCAGCCUCUAUCCAAACACCAACAAUCCCAGCAUCAAGUCCAGCCCUCCCCCCAAGCCACCCGCUCGCAGUCCCAACCCUCCCAUCAGCUGUUGCAGCAGCCACACCAGCCCCAAACCCAGUCCCACCAUGAGCAAUCUAAUGGCCAGCCCCAGUCCCUCCCACACUCGUUGUCUGACCCUUCAGAGCAUCUGGAGCCCCCUCCGCCUCCACCCUUGCCCCCACCCUGCUCACCUCCACCCUUGCCCAGGCCUUCGCUCUCUAGGAUGGACUCCAACCACAUGAGUGUGAAGAGGUUACGUUGGGAGCAAGUGGAAGACUCAGAGGGCACUAUCUGGGGACAGUUGGGAGCCAAUUCUGACUAUGACAAACUGCAUGACAUGGUGAAGUAUCUGGAUCUGGAGCUGCACUUUGGGACACAGAAGAGCUCCUUGUCUGCUCCAGAGCCAUGCCUGCCAGACAUUUUCAAAAAGAAAGAUGUGAUUGAAAUCCUCUCCCAUAAGAAGGCCUACAAUGCCUCCAUCCUGAUAGCCCACUUAAAGCUGUCUCCCGGUGAGCUGCGCCAGGUGCUGAUGAACAUGGUCACCGAUAGGCUGGAGCCAGCCCACCUCACACAGCUCCUGCUGUAUGCCCCUGAUGCAGAAGAGGUCAAAAAGUAUGAAGCUUACACAGCGGACCCCAGCAAACUCAGUGAGCCAGACCAGUUUGUGUUGCAGUUGUUGUCAGUUCCAGAGUACAAGACCCGUCUGCAGUGCCUCCUCUUCAAGUGCUCUCUCCAGGAGAAGACGGAGGAGUUGAGGGGAGUGUACGACUGUCUCUAUAAGGCUUCGAUGGAGCUGAAGACGAGCAAGAAGCUCGCUAAGAUACUAGAGUUUGUGUUGGCGAUGGGGAACUACUUGAAUAACAGCCAGCCUAAAACUAACAAAACCACAGGCUUUAAGAUCAACUUCCUCACUGAGUUGAGCACAACUAAAACAGUUGACGGGAAGUCGACAUUUCUACAUAUUCUGGUUAAGUCGUUAUGUCACCACUUUCCUGAUGUGUUAGACUUUUCCAAAGAUUUAACUAUGGUUCCUCUUGCAGUCAAAGUAAACCUGAGGUCUACUGCAUCCGACCUCAACGACCUUCAUACAGCCAUCCAGGACAUUCGCUCAGCCUGUCAGAAGAUGCCUGCGACUGCUGAGGAUCGCUUCGCUGUCGUCAUGAGUAACUUUCUGGAAAACAGUCAUCCAGCAGUCCAGUCUCUGGAGUCCUUGCAACAGAGAGCUCUGGAGGAAUUCACCAAAACGGUCUCUUACUUUGGAGAAAACGGCAAUGCCACAAACACUGAGGCCUUCUUUGGUAUCUUUGCUGAGUUCAUGCAGACAUUUGAGAGAGCGCUCCGUGAUCAGCAAGCUGCAGAAAAUCAGAAGAGUCCCAGAAGUCCAUGAAUGGCCUCUCCACUGGCCUGGUAA